AUGCAUGACAAUCGCUCUCAUCCGCUCUUGGAGCAGGUCCCGUUGACGGUGUCCCCCUUCGUCAACCUGCCCACGGCAACUACACUUCCAUACACUUACAAGACCAUGCCAUCAACCCUGCCGCCAUCCGCCACUGGUAUCACCGGCGCCACAGACGGCAGCGACGGCGACCCGUCCGCAAAGGCGCGGUACGUCAUAUCCCAGUCGGGCCAUGCAGCACAUCCAGACGACAUCAUAGCGUCGUGCCGGGCGUUACAGGCGCACGUGGCCAAGCUCCAGGCGGACGCCGAUGCCGAACUGAGAGCGCUGGAUGACCGGAUCAAGGCACGCGAGCUCGCCGAGAAGCGCAGAGUCGCACCUGGGUGGCUCGACAGUGAUGCACGGCUGCUCGAGCCAGAACGCAAGUCUGUCAUCUUGGGAGGCGAGGUGGCUAGCGGAGACGAGCGCAGCAUGAGUGAGCAGUUUGCAGGCAUGAGCAUCGCCGCGGCCCAACAGCAGCCGGGAGGAGUGAUCGAGAUGCCAGCUCCCGAUGAAGGCGAAGAGCUAGACCGUGCUUUUGGUAGCAUGGCGUUUCGGCCGAGAUGA